AUGCCACAGGGUAAACUGAAAACAAAGGUGCAAAUGCCAACUGGCACAAAGAAAAAACAACCGAACAAAAAUAGUGGAAAAAUUUCCAAAACAAAAAUGAACAAGAAAAAGAAAACAAAUGGUAAUAAUUCGAAUGCUGUUAAAAAUCGUUUAACUGUGGAAAUUGCAAAAAAUAUUGAACAGGAAUGUGCUCAUAAAGUUAAUACAUGUGAACCAAAACAACUCAAAAUUGUUAACACCUGA